AUGCCGCAGAAAAGAUCAAAAAGACCAAGCAGACUCACACCCUCCCCGAGUCCGUCGGCAAGCUCGGCGAGUUUUGAUCUUGCUUCUCCGGAUCGACCAUUUGAUAAUAUUUUAAAUUUUCGGGAUGUUGGGAGGUCGGUUAAUGAGUUUGCUGGGAAUAAGAUUUUGAAAGAGGGUGUUCUCUUUCGAAGCGCAAGGCUCGACGAUGCAUCAGAGCGGGAUAAACACCGCCUCAUAGACGACAUUAAUCUCUUGACAGUCAUCGAUCUACGCUCACACACGGAACAUGUAUUGGCGACAAGACGACGCCAAAUAUCCCUAUCAUUAACUCCUUCGGAGGAGCCUAGUUUUCCAGAAACUGCAGAUCGACCACAUCUCCUAGACUUACCUGGAGUAAAACGACACUUUAUCAGUCUGACCGGACGCGCAUUUGAGAGGUUACUCUUGUGGCGGUUAGACUGGUAUAAUUUCAUAAAAGUAAUUGGCCUGCUCACCUCCGGCUACCGCAAAGAAGCCAUCAGAGUCAUCGCAACCAACGUCAUGAAACCGCGCGGUCUCAUCGGCCUAGGUCAGGACACCCUGGACAGCGCCGGUUCCGAGAUCCGCGACGUAUUCAACGUCCUCACCAGCGACGACGCAUACCCGGUCCUGAUCCACUGCACACAGGGCAAAGAUCGAACUGGCUUAAUCAUCAUGCUGCUCCUGCUCCUAGUCCAAGAGACAGCGCCGGAUGUACCACUCACCGCCAUCGCGGCGGAUUACUCAAAAUCAGAGACGGAACUACGGCCUGAAUUGGAGUCGUUAAUGAAAGAAAUUACCGACAUCGGCCUAGAUGAGGAAUAUGCAAAGACUCCGCCGGGUUUCACGGAAGCUCUUAAGGAGCAUUUGGAUACCAAGUAUGGUGGCGCAAAAGCAUAUUUACUGUCGAUUGGGUGUGAGGAGGCGAAUAUUGAGAAGAUUCGAAGGAGGUUGUUGUUGUUGUAA